AUGGAAGAGCCUCCAGAAGGGGCUCCGGCGGAAUCAUCGGAAAACCAAAGUACAGCCAAGUCCCCAAAUGACAGCCACACAGACAGCCAGGAAGACAACAGGCAGAACCAGGAUGAAGUGGAAGCAGAUGACCGGACUGAUCACAGAGCAGCUGACCAGGCUGCCCAGAUAGUGUCCGGCCUGGCUGAACCCAACGUAGUUAAUCAAGCUGACCACAAAGCAUAUGAAUCCAUGGGAGAAAGAACAUCUGAUCAGGCUGACCUCAGAGCAUCCAACCAUGCUAAUGUCGCCGAUCGUAGAGCAUCUGAUCAGGUUAACCGAAGCAUGUCAGAACAGAUGGACAGCAAGGCAUCUAGCCAAGCUGGGGGUGUGGAGUCUGAACAGACUGACAGCCAGAUGUCUGCUCUGCCUGAACAAGGUACUUCUGAACAGACUGAACGAAGGGCUUCUGAGCAGAUUGACCACAGAAUGUCCGGCCUGGCUGAGAGAAGAGCUUCUGAACAGAUUGACCGUAAACCAUCUGUCCCAUCUUUACAAAGAGCCUCUGAGCAGAGUGAUCACAGAAUGUCCUGCCCGGCUGACCAAAGAACUUCUCAACAGAUUGAAAGUAGAUUGUUCGGCCUGGUUGAACGAAAAACUUCUGAACAGAUUGAUCAUAGAUUGUCUGACCAAGUUGACUACAGAACAUCUGGAAAGACGCACCGCAAAGUGUAUGACCAAGCUACUAAACCAGCUGAACAGCAGGCUGCUGACCCUGACAAGGCUGGCAGUGAAUCUGACCGGGUUGACGACUUAGUGGAAAAAGAGGAUGAUUACACAGAAGACAACCUGUUUGACUAUGGAGAACGUAGCCGGUCUGAUGAUAGAUUAUUCGACCAGCUUGGCUACAGCAAGGAAGACAAAGAGGCUGACUUCAGAGUACAACCCUGCAAAUUUGAGCCUGGCCAGACAGAUGGCAGCAUAUCCAAGGCUUCCCUUGAAACUGAAACAGAAAGUGUAGCUGAUCUGCAAGCAUUCAUCCCAUUUGAUCACAGAUUGACCAGUACUUUCCAAACAAAAGACCGAGCCUACUCCCAAAGAUUUCCCUCCAUCUCAUCCAAAUUGGACUAUAUCGUCAGUCAAGAAAAAACUCAACCCGUGGAAACCAAGCCUGUUGAUAUUUCAGAAUACCAGGAAAGAAGGAGUUUUCAGGCAUACAAUCAACCUUAUAAGAAGUGGUUCCCUCCUAUAGUAUAUGAAGAUCCUUAUCAAGUUUCACUGCGAUACAUGGAGAAACACCAUAUUCUGCAAAUAUUCCAGCAUAUCACUGAAAACCUAGUCUAUGAAAAGCCAGAGGACCCCCUGAGUUUUAUGCUGUGCCAGGUACAGGAAAUGAUACAAAAACAGAAAGAAACAUGA